GUUGUAAGCGGCGUGGGCUAGACGUGAAGUGUUAGUGCUUUAGUGAAUGCUCGCAGACCACAUUAAAUAUUUAUGUAUGUUACGUUCAAAGAAGGUACUGAAAACGACUCAAACUUAUUUAGUACUUGAAUGAAUUCCUGUGUAACUCAAUAAUGUCGAAGUGAAAGCCAAAGAGUAAAAACCAAUGGAAGCGGCAACGAGUGGGAGUGCGCCCGAGCCGCUGGGCCGAGCGCACUUGUCCCAUCUGCCACAGCGACCACCCGUCAAUCUCAGCUUUCAAGAUCUCACCUACACUGUUAAAAACGGCAAAGUUGCAAAGUUAAUACUUCGAGGUAUCAACGGAGAGUUCAGAUCGGGGCAGUUGACCGCCAUCUUGGGUCCUUCGGGUGCUGGCAAGAGCACGCUUCUCAACGUACUGGCUGGUUACAGGGUGAAUGGCGCAAGUGGCAUAAUAUCAACGAAUGGCGAGCAGCGAGACCUGCGGCAGUUCCGCAAACUGUCACGUUACAUCAUGCAGGAGGAUUUGCUGCAGCCGCUCAUCACGGUACGCGAGGCGAUGGCCAUGGCCGCAGACCUCAAGCUCGGCAGCGACGUGACCGCGCACCGGAAGGCUGUCAUUGUAGAAGAGAUUUUACAUCUAUUGAGACUGGAUAAAGCAAAGGAUACGUCGAGCGAGCGUCUUUCUGGAGGCGAGAGGAAGCGACUAUCAAUAGCUUUGGAACUGUUGAACAACCCCCCUGUUAUCUUCCUAGAUGAACCGACUACUGGUUUAGACGAUGUUGCAUCAUCAACCUGCGUGUCUCUUCUAAAGCGGGUAGCGCGGGGCGGUCGGACAGUCGUGUGUUCAUUGCACACGCCGUCAGCGCGUCUGUUCUCCGUGUUUGACCACGUGUAUGUGGUUGCGGAUGGCCGCUGCGCCUACCAGGGCACGGCAGCAGGCGUUGUUCCCUUUCUUAAGGAGCUACAGCUGCCUUGCCCAAAGACUUACAAUCCUGCGGAUUUUGUAAUCGAAGUGUCGAGUGGAGAGUACGGUUCUCACGUGGAGAGAAUGGUGUCUGCAGUAGACAAUGGCAAAUGCCAGCGCUGGAGGGAGCACCAGAUGGAAGACCAGUACGAGGAGAUGGAACUCGAACAGCUAAAUGCGGGUGGAGUGCAGGAUCAUACGUACAGUUACGAGAGUACGCCGUCCACACAGUUUGUUGUUCUAUUGAGGAGGAUGCUGCUACAGUCUGUUAGGAAUAGAGAUUACUUAUGGCUCCGUGUCGGAAUGCAUCUGUUCCUCGGCUUUAUUAUUGGAAUGCUGUUCUGUCAGAUCGGCUAUGAUGCCUCCAAGACUAUAUUUAACUUCGGCUUCUGCUACGCUUGCAUCAUCGCAAUGUUAUAUGUACCGAUGAUGCCAAUUUUGUUAGCUUUUCCAAAGGAGGUGCAGCUGAUAAAGCGGGAGUACUUCAAUAGAUGGUACGGACUGAAGCCGUACUACGCGGCACUGAUCGUGUCCCGCACUCCCGCGACUAUCUUCUUCUCUCUCAUCUACCUGGCUAUCGUGUACCCGCUGACGUCACAGCCUAUGGAGGCCACCAGGAUUGUGAUGUUCAUAACAGUCUGCAUUCUCGUCGCUUUGAUAUCCGAGAGCAUGGGUACUGUUAUAUCGUCCAGUUUGAGUGUUGUUAAUUCAGUGUUCAUGGGACCAGUACUCAGUGUUCCGCUAAUGUUGCUAGCAGUGUACGGCAUCGGGAGUGGAGACCAUCCGCUGCCGCUCCUGUGGAAGAUGGCCAGGGCCUGCUCCUUCAUGCGCUACGGCCUUGAGGGCCUCAUUGUAGCUAUAUACGGACCUCCGAGGGAUGACCUUAUUUGUCCUGACCAUGUCGUUUAUUGCGAAUAUAAGAAUCCAAAUUACUUCGUGAAACUGAUGGGUAUGACUGGUGUUUCUUUCUGGAUGGACAUCGGCAUGCUGUUGUUAAUGCUAGUUGCGAUGCAAGCGGUGGGAUAUUAUCUGUUGAGGCAACGACUGUCGCCGAAUUACGCGUUCCGAGCUAUAAAAGUCAUUGGACGAUUCGUUAAGACAAAAAUUAGUGUAACUCACUAAAUUUAACGCCGUAAUUAUGGUAUUCGAAAGAUUUUACAGAUAAGCGGUGUUAGAUAAAGUGCAUUCGCUUCGAAGCGAAUCCAUAACGAACUUCAAAAUUGUAUAGAACUGACAAUAACUUUCGAUGAGUCACGUGAUUGUCGCGCGUCAGUUUAAUUGAUUUUGCCCCCCGUAGUACU